CGUGUUUGCUGCGAGCUGCGAGCGAAUUGAAUCGAAUCGAAACGAAGCGCCAGGAGAACGGAGCUCAAGCCAGAAAACAUAGGGAUAGGCGGACGCAGAGUCAGACAGACACAAACAAGGGGGCCACAGAAAAAGCAACAGAAAUAAUUAAUACUCCCCGCCCGGGUUAAUGUUGCGAAUAUUUCGAAAAUUUCCAUAGACGCGUCAAAGUGAUUGCCCCGUCGUUUGAGUGCGUGCAGAGAAAAGUGGAAAAGUAGGUUACGGCGGAAAGAAUUCUGAGGUCGGACGGUCGGUCGCUCGGUGGCUCGGUGGAAAACGUUCACAAAUUUUCUGUGUGCAUGUGUGUAGGCCGCUGGGUGCCAAGAAAAUGCAGUGCGAGUGCCACAAAGGCGACAAAGGCAAAGUGCAAAUGGCUUGAUAGCAAAUAGCAAAUGAACGAGCCAGCCCAUUUCCCAAAUACUUCGAUUCAUACGCUCCAGCCGACAAGGGAAAAGUGAUAUUUUUACAACUGUGGCCUGCUUUUUGCACAGUCCCAAGUACACACACAACCGAACACACAACCACACACACACACCCGCACUCACACAGACAGACGGACAGGGGGAGGUAACGAGCGGAACACACACACACAGUCACACACGACAACUAUAUAGCAAUAUAUGCCCAUUGAGUGCCUUAUAUCAUUUGAUAAUAAUCCACAAGGUGUCUACUAUGCCGGACAGGAGCUAUCCGGCGUUGUUGAUCUCGACGUCGACGCCACGCGGCGCAUUAAAGGCAUCCACGUCACCGUCAGCGGAUAUGCCAAGAUACGCUGGAUAAAAAAGGGAUAUCCGCGCGACAGCGAGCGCGCCAUGUGCCGUGCCUACCGAUCGUACCUGUCCUCGCGGUCCUACGUCCUCGGCUCCUGCGCGAACAACUCGAGCAUCGACUGGCCGGCCGGCGAGUACUCGUACACCUUCCACGUCAUCCUGCCCGACAAUCUGCCCACGUCCUUCGACGGCAAGUACGGCCAGAUUCACUACGAGAUCAUCACGACGAUCGAGCGGGCCGGUCGCUACCCGAAGGUCUUCAAGCUGCCAUUUACCGUGAUACAACCGCUGGACCUAAACGCCGAUGCUAUUUAUAGAGUUCCCUUAGAGAUCCUCGAUCGGAAGCGCUUCUGGAGCUUCUGCUGUCCGACGGGUCCGCUCACGGUGAAGUUCUCGACGCCGUACUGCGGAUACGCGCCCGGGCAGAAGAUCCACUUCGUGCUGUACAUCAACAACGAGUCCUCGAUCGACAUCACCGAGUGCGAGGUGAAGCUGAAGCAGGAGGUGAGCUACGAGUCGCACGAUCCGCAGCACGAGUACCGCUACGACAAGCACCUGAUCGCCAGGAAGCAGUUCGGCAAUGUGCUCCGCUGGUCGCGGAAGGUGUACCGGGGCUACCUGGACCUGCCCUCGAUACCGCCCACUUCGGUGAAGCCGACGUGCCCCAUUAGCGUUAACUAUUCGAUUAAGAUCAUCGUGAACCCCACGGAGUUCCACUGGAAGCUGAAGCUGAAGAUCCCGUUGACCAUCGGCAGCAUUCCGAUCAUGGACGGUCCGGAGGCCCUGCUGCGGUUCAAUCGCCAGCAGCAACAGCACCAAGUAGUUAGUCAAAAUUUACAAAUGUCCACGCAGCAGCGCCAGCGGGAUCGUGACCACAAUAGGGAUAGAGAUCGGGAUCGAGACCGAGAUAGGAAUUUGGAACGUGAUCGGGAUAGAGAUAGAGAUCGGAAUCGGGAGCGGACAAGUGCCUCAGUCCAGCAGCGACGCCUCAGCAGCAUCAACAACAACAAUCACAAUCACGGACGCCUUGUGGGCGGACUACUGCCGACCAAUAGCAAUAUGAAUAUGAUAGUGAAUGCCAGUCCCACGCCCACGAGCUCCACGCCCUCAUCAACGCCAACGACUGCCGCCCUCAGGCCAUCGGCCAUGCCAGCGAUUUUGGUGACCAGCGAUAGCGAUAAUCCCCCGGACUAUAUACCCAUGAUGCCGCCCUCGUACGAAGAUGCCAUGGCUCUGAGUGAGAAAUUCAGCGAUGAUACUGAGUUCUUGACCAACGUUAGCAUGAGCAGCAUUUUGUCCGCUCAGGCUGAUGUUACCACAAAGAGGCUUUACGAUGAGUCCAGUUCCCAGCUUCGUCUCACACUCAGUUGCCAGGAUUCGGCGCCGGCGGAAGCGGGAAUGGAUGAGGAGGUGACCACCAAUGCGCCGGGAGGAGAGUCCUUCGCCUGCGAAAAGAAGUGAGACGGCCUGGGAUCAAAGGACGUGGGAAGAGCUGCAUCAAAUGUUAACCAGCAAGGCAACCGCAACAACACUUACAUAUUUACUCGAAAUCAAAAUAUUAUAGAAACGGAUAAUUCAAUACAAGGCGCUAACGUAUAGUAGUUCUUAAGUCUGAGGCGUGAAUGAAAAUUGGAUAUAGCAAAUCGAAAGCAUAUUUUACAGAACCAAACCAGGAAGGUAUAUAUUUUUCAGAGGAAUUAAAACUAUGUACACAAACUAAUUUAAGUUUUUUUUUUCAAAUUAUGGCAAUACAUUAUCCAGCCUCUCUUCUAUCAACCCAAAGCUAAAUAUUAAAUCUUCUCUUUCCGAAUUCUUAUUUUAUUCAAAUCUAAAAUACACCUUAUAUAAUUUUAAUUUUGAAAAAAUUGCAAGCUGUAAGCUGAUUUAAUAUACCACAGUGAUCACUGGCUACAUAUAUACGAACAAAGUAGUGAAAAGUUAGAUGAAAUCCUUUAGCCCUAAGAUGAAGAUAAGUCCCUUAACAAUCUGCACAAUUUUACCCAAAGAGAGUCAAAACUAAAUACGAAAUUAACAUUUUCCAAUAUUGAAUACUGUAUUUAUAAAGUAUCUACGAUAAAUUUACAAGCAAAGUUUAGCCAAAUUGUACUUAGUUCUUAUUGUUUUACAUUCCCUGGUCAUACAAUCGUUUUAAUUGUAUUUGGAUCAAGUCGUCACAUCAGCAUACGAUUUAGGUGUCUAUAAGCGAUAUUGUCUAACUAAUAUUUAAAAGUGUCUUUUGCUCUAGUUUAUAUACAAGCCUUUGGAUUUAGAUUGUGUAAACCCUCUACUAUUAUAUAUACUUUGUACUUCCCUUGAUUUGAAUGCCAGUCUAACCAGCAAUCAUAUAAGUCUACUCCUAAGUCUUAACUGUCUUCAAUUCGAUUCAAUCCGAUUUAAUAAAGUUAAACAGCAAAAUAUAUUAUGUAUACCCCUAA